AUGAGAGGUGUGCGAGAAACCCCCGUGCGAACACUGCGUGAAAGUCUGAAGCAUUUGACUCGCGCAGUCCAUGUGUUCGCCGCGGAACUAGAUCAGGCUGGUUACAGCGACUACAGCUUCGCACCAGACAAUUCCCCUUAUGAUCUGUCCUUUCUUAGUUCUCGGGGCCUCGCCUCUCGUGGAGAGAUAAUCACUGCCGCGGAGACCAUUAUCAGACUGGCCAAAGGCCCACAGGAAGCUCUUGCGGUGUUAUCUGAAAAGAGUGUCGAGCAUGGGACUCUCCAAGCCUUGAUUCAAAUGGGUAUCCCGCAGAAGGUGCCUCUCGAUGGCUCUGUUACAUACAAGGAGCUCGCUGGUCCGGCGCAAAUUGCACCCGACUUGCUGCAACGACUCGUUCGCCUAGCCGCGAUGGGUGGGUUCCUUUUAGAGGAUGCGACAGGCAAAGUUCGACACACUGCCAUGUCCGCUGUGUUCCAUCUAGAUCGAGACGUUGCAGACAUGACGCAUUUCAUGUGCGACAUUGACAUGCGCGCGGGGACCUAUUUCUAUGACUCGAUUCGGCUUGACUCAAGCGGCAAGACAGCAUCGCAAGGUCCAGCAGCAUUAGCAUUGCAUGCUAGAGACUAUAAUAACGAGACGCGACGAACAAUCUGGGAAGUGCUGGAGAAUGACCCGGUACAGAGUGCUCGAUUUCAUUCGAGCAUGACUGCUUUACUUGCUUCUCCUUCUCACUCUCUCAAGCAUAUCGUAGGUGCCAUGGACUGGAGUCAGUUCCCCACCGUGGUCGACGUUGGCGGUUCAUUGGGUCAGAUCGCCCUUGCAAUCGUGGAGAAAAACCCCAACAUCACCAUCAUUGUGCAGGACCUUCCCGACGUCAUCAAGCAAGCGAAAGCUUCGCUACCAUCUGCACCAUGGGUCAGUCAGAUCACCUUCGAGCCGCAUGAUUUCUUUACAAUCCAGCAGACCAGAGCGCCUGCCUAUCUCUUGAGGCAAAUACUCCAUGACUGGCCGAAUGAAGAUGCUCAGCGUAUUGUGAAGAAUUUAUUGCCAGCCUUUGAAACUGGAACUCGCUUACUCGUCGCGGAUAUCGUCCUUCCCCAAAGUGGAUCUAUUUCACCGCAUACGGAGAAGCUACUCCGCAUCUAUGAUGUCUCGAUGUUUUCCAUUUUUUCUAGCACCGAACGCACACUCGAACAGCUGAGGAACCUUGUUGAGGGAUGUGAUCCGCGGCUGCAGUUUGAGGGUGCUCACUAUCCCGAAGGUAGCGCACUGAGCCUCGUGUCUUGGAUCUAUAAUUCUGAGUGA